CAUUCUCUUUUCAGAUUCACAACCCGCCAACCCGAGAUCAGAACACGGAAGCGUACAACACCACCUCGCGUUUCUUUCGAAGAAGAUUGUGAUUACAUAGCUUAUUACUGUUUGAAGGCAUAUGACACAGGGAAAGUCUGCGGGCGGACCAUGUUUAACUUGUACACCACAUUCGCCAAUUAUUGCUUGAUGGACUUCGUUAAUUGCAUGGAAAGGUAUGAAGUGUGGCAAAUUGUUCACAUGGGAGAGUGCUUCGAACUGCAGAUAUUGUCAGAAUAUUUACAUUACCCGUACCUGGAUGAUUAUUUCCUAGAUCAAUAUUAUGUCAUCGAAGAUAACUGAACAAGUGUAUUAAAAUUUGUGUUUUUUCAUAAGAGAGUUUCUGAUUUUACAUAUUAUACGAGGAGGAGCUGGCGAACAAAACGGUAUAAUUGCAUA